AUGUGGAGAAGCAGAAAAGCUCGUAGCUCGACUGAAUUGAAUGCAAAAGAAAUCGCUGCAUUAGUUGAAGCAUCGAACAUUAGUGCAGAAGAAAUUCGACGAUGGCAUGAUGAUUUUCUUGAACAUUAUCCAUCUGGCCAACUGAAUAAAAAGUCCUUUUGGGAAUAUUAUCAAAAAUUGUUUCCAACGAAACAAACACAAGAGUCAAUCGGAAAUAUUUUCCAAAUGAUCGACACGAACAACGAUGGAAAUAUUGAUUUCAAUGAAUUAUUAGUCGUCAUUGUUCUGAUGAGCCAUUUAAAUGCAUUGGAAUCACGACUUGCCUUUGCAUUCGAUAUGUUCGACUGCUCGGGAGAUGGGCAUAUUGAUCGCGAAGAAUUGGCGGAUGUUAUUUCAGCAAUAUACGAUCGUGCUGGUUUAACUGACCGUAAAGGCGAAAACGAUCCAAACAAACGAGCAAAAGUCAUCAUUGAUAAACUUGAUAACACUGGCGAUAAUAAAAUCAACAAGGCAGAGUUUAUCCAAGGUUGCAAAGACGAUCCAGUUAUUCGUAAUCUACUUGCACCAAAUGUUUAA